AUGUAUCGUACUGGUGCACGUCCAUCGUUUGGGGCAAAAGCAUCUCCGUCGACACGCUGCCAGAAAUGUCUACAAUAUGGUCAUUGGACGUAUGAAUGUAAAGGCAAUCGCACAUACAAAGCGAGGCCAACACGAACACAACAACUUACGCGCCCACUCAAAUUACAAGAGCCUGAUUUACCGGAAGAACUGCAGGAUAGAAAGGGGAUUGCUGAUAAAAUUCUUGCAAGGAAGAAGAAAGAGAAGAGAAAAAGAUACUCUUCCAGUAGUAGCAGCGAAAGUGACAGUGAAAGUGAAAGCGGCAGUGACAGUGAAAGCAGCAGCGACAGUGAUAGUUCACAAUCGAGUUUGUCUUCAUCAUCCUCCAACAGUGAAAGUGAUAGCAGCGACAGCUCUGCCCUAAGCAGUCGAAACAGACGUCGUAGACGGCGUUCGAUAUCAUCUUCGCCAUCGGCAGUAUCGAGACGAUCACCAGCACAUAAAAAAUAUCGACGCCGAGAUUCCGUAUCAAGCUCGACUAGCAGUAGCAGUAGCAGUAGCAGCCAUGAUCGCCAUGACAGCCGAAGAUCCUUAAGCCGUUCUAGCAGUGUCAGCAGCCUUGGCCGUCGUCCCUUCAGAAGAUAA